AUGUCUGGCGAUUUGUCUGGUGUGCAGUUAUACGAGGACUUCAGUAGUGAAAGUUUGCAACUCAACCAACAUUUAGAGAAAAUGACUGAACAAAUGGAAGAUUUGUCAGUGAAGCUGUCCUGUAUGACCUAUGACAUGGUUGUGCUCCGCACCAGUCCAGAUCUUGCUGAAUCUUUCAAGAACCUGGAGAAUGAGUUCCAGAAGUGCAAAGCUGUCCUCAGUGGACUCACAGAUGGACAAGAAGUAAAAGGUCAUUCUGCUGAUGAAGUACAAGUGUCUCCCAAGAAUAAUUAAAUUUAGAGAUUCAUUGUAGAACAUAU